UCCGCCGCUUAGAUUUUCGCCGGCUGAGGCCACGCCCCCCGCGUUCUGAUUGGCUCAGGCGGGUUCGGAGCGGUGACAUCCGGGCAUUUUGGGGGAGGCGAGGUAAGAAGGAGGUGUCGGCGGCCAGGGCGAGGGAGUGGCGGACCGGAGAGGGAACCGCCCAAGUCUGGCGGAGGGCUGCUGCGCCUCCCCUUGCAUUCUGGCAGGUGAGCAAGCACCUUUCAUUGCCCCCCCUCCCUUCUUUCCGCCCCCCUCCAUUAAGAAGCACGGCGAAGGGGUUCAGGGUUCAGCCUUUCCCAGUGCAAGAUCCCUUCCUGCCUUUGCGAUCCUUCUUUCUCCCCAUGUUAAGUAUAAAUAAUAAAAUUACUACUACUAUAAUUAUUAUUCUCCUCCUUUCCUCCGCCCGAUACGUCGCCUUUUUCCCCUUUCCGCCCCCCGAGGACCAAAAGCCUCGAAAUGCACGUCCCCCCCCCCCAACUCAGAUCUCCCCUUCUCUCCGCCCUCCCCUCCACCCACUGCAUGGCGGAAGACAGCCCCUCCUUUUCUAUUCCAUAAUAUUCCCUAUUCUUCCUUACUGACAUCUCGAACCCCAACUCUCCCCACUGCCCGCUUCUGAUGGAUCCUUAUCGCAGCUGGUUUGUAGGGAGAUAGGGAGGGGGCAGCCCUUUUCUCUUCUCUUCUAUCCCAUAAUAGCCUCCGUUCGCAUUUACUUUCCGGUGGGGGGGGGUUGUGAUGGGCUAAGAUGCUCUCCUUGUCAUCUUUCCCUUUCCCCCAUUCGCAGCAUUCCACCACAUGUCAGGUGGGGGCAUAAUGUAUUUGCUCUGACCAUCCCAUAAUGUCCCCCUUCCUCGCUUAUCCCAGACCCGGCUGGCAUUUUCCCCCAGCCUGCCCUAACAUUCGUUUUUCUCUGUCCUAUGAAAUUAAAAAGAAUGGCAACUGCCAUUGUUUGUUUGCCUUUCACGCACCAUUCCCUGCUGACUGUCCUUCCCACCUGCCUCCCCCUCAAUAUCCUGGGUGACGAUGGAGAACCUCCACAGACCUGUGUGUUGAUCUCCUUUUGCUUUGUGCAAGCAGCUAAGGAUGAUUAUUCAGUGGGAUAGUGUGUGUCUAAUGUGGGGUUCCAGGUUUUCUGAAAUAAGGAAUAAAUCCCAUUCAGGGAUAUUUGUUACUCCUUUCAUCCUCUAAUCCCAUUUUUUUUGCUCUUGAUUUGCAAAUCACUGUACUGUUGGCUUAUCUUAAUAUAUUUUGCCUAGGUGACAGCUAUAGCAAUUAAAGUCAACUACCUGGGGUGGGGGUGGGGCGGGGAAAUAAACCACAUUGGGUAACUGAUAUCUCUAAGUAACCUUGGCACAUGCCAAUAUAUUUGAAAUCUAGUUCUUAUUUCUGUUCAUCAAGGACCCUGAGUUGGAGAACUAUAAAACGGUUAAAUGCUGAUUAAAACGUUUGGAAUACAUAACGUGAGCAGCAUAUUUUAAAAAACAAAGCCUCUUAGUAUCACUAACACACUCUGUCUGGGACUGCUUUUUAGGCUGGUCUGGAAGCUGUAAUUGAUAUAAAACGCAGCCACUUCGCUGCUUACUGGGAAAUAUUAUUACUGUACAUACUAUAUCACGCUUAAAGGAGUUAUACUGGCUGCCCCCAAGCUACUGGGUCAUGUUUGAUAUUUUGGUAUGGACUUAGAAAGCCCUAAAUAUCUUGGGACCAGGAUACCUUUCUCCCUGUUUUCCUACACCAGGAGUGAGGAACUGGAUUAAGCCCGCCACAAUCUUGAUAAGUGAGUGGAGGUACCCCCUGCCAAACUUCAAAGGGGUUGUGGUAACAACCGAUUGCUGUUUCCUUACCUGAUGCACACCUGAAAUCACUUACAAUGUCAAGGGUGUGACAGGUUGGUGUGGUUUUGGGGGGUGGAAUGGCCUUGGGGCCAAAUUGUGACCCAUUCCGGGCCUAAUUAGGCUUGUGGGCUGGAGCUUCCCCACCUCUGCCCCACAUGAUCAUUACGAUCAACUGAUGAGUCCCUCCUGGUUGCAUCACUGCCUAUGGAAGUGCAGUAAACAGACAUAGCGGAAGGACUUUUCCUGUGGUGAUUCCUGCACUGUGGGACUACCAUUUCCUUGGCAAACGCACACAUUAGUCAUCUUCAGGUGUCCUUUUAAAAACACAGAUCUGUUUCUGGCUAUCAAAUUUAUUUAUCAAAGUGAUAUCAUGCCCGUCUUCCUGAAGGACCCCAGGCCUGCCAAUGUCUGCUUUAAAUGUUUUUAAUGUCUGCAGCCUUUGCUGGUACCGUACCAUUUUAACUGUGUUCUAGUCUUACAAUUUCACACACACACACACAAACACCCCGCUGCCCUGUAUUAUAAUGUUUUUAUACCCAUUUGGACAUUGCUGUACAUGGCCUCCAGAAUUGAUGAGGCAGGCCGUAUAGAAGUAUUUUUUAAUAAACAAAUGUUACUCAGUAAACAAAUAAUGCUCACUGUAAAAGCAUUACUUUCACUGUGUGUCAAAAGCUGUGUAAUGAAGGAGCUGAAUGAGAUUCUUCCUGGAAACUGUGUGCCAACACCUCAGAGCCGCCCAGAGUGGCUGGGGCGACCCGGUCAGAUGGGCGGGGCACAAUUAAUACAAUUAUUAAUAUUUUUAUUUUAACUGCCCGUCAUAUCUCAUGCGGUGGAGAAGGGGGAUGGUAGAUGGUGCCCCUUGCUAAGGAGGGCGGUGGUCCUUCCUUAAACACAUUUUGCCUUUUCUGACAGGAGCCCACAGACCAUGGCGGAGCCACCGAUCGAAGACGAUGGCGAGGAAGCGGCUCGGGCCCAAGCCAAGCCGGAGCCGGCUCACCAGGCCACGGUGGCAGCCAAAAACCUGGCCAUCUUGAAGGCGCGCUCCUUCGACGUCACAUUUGAGGUGGGGGACGAAUAUGAGGUCAUCGAGACGAUUGGCACCGGCGCUUACGGCGUGGUGAGCUCAGCACGCCGCAAGGACACAGGUAAGGGAGGGAGGAAAGCGCCAAGGCUGGAUGGAAGCUGAGAGGAUGCCGUUGUUUGGUCUCUAACUGUGCGCAGAGGUGGGGCCCGUGCAAAUGGAUGGAUGCGAAUAAGUCUCUCCACAGGGGCUUUGUUCUCCCUCCACUGUUGGAGGCAGUCUGCCUCUGAAUACCAGUUCCUGGGAAUCCCAAGUGGAAAGAAUGCUCUUGUGCUCAGGUUCUGGUUCUCUAGACACCUGGUUGUCCACUGUCUGACUGGGGUGAGGCUUUGGCUUUGCCCAGUAAGGCCGGAUUGUGUCCCCCAGCUGACUAUUGAGGCUUUGGGGCCUUGUCCUUAUUGACUGCUCUGUGCUGUGAUGCCCCAGGGAUUUUUUCUCUCUCCAGCUUGACUCAUUGGAGCCUGGCUGGGAAUAUAAACAGAGUUUGGGGGUGGUGGUAACGCACCCAUUGAUGUUAAAAACUGAACUGUAACUGUACCCUUUGUGAUCAUAUGCCACACAUCACUUUCCUCUUGGUAUGUUAUCAACUCGGUAAAUUGCAUAGCUGUGUCCUAUCGUGUGGUGUCAGACUAGGACCUGGGAGAGAGCAGGGUUCAAAUCCCCACUCAGCCAUGAAGCUCCCUGGGUGACCUUGGGCCAGUCUCUGCCUCUCAGCCUGACCUACCUCACAGGGCUGUUGUGGGGAUUAAAUUAUUAAAUGAGGAUUAAAGGAGGGGGAGAACCAUGUACACCACCUUGAGCUACUUUUGCGGGGGAAUGUGGGAUAGAAAUGCAAUAAAUAAAUAUUUCUUCAUUUACAAUUGUGACAGCUUACCAUGUUUAAACUAUUUUUUCUUUAUUUUUUCUGUAAUCUGUUAUUAGAAAUGAUUUUUUAAAAAUUGAAAAAUCAAAGGAUGUCCCCCCCCCAAAAAGAGAGCAGUUCUCAAUUCUUCACAUGCCAUAUGUGAACAAGAAAAUCGCAUGUCAAAGUAAACUGGGCUGCCCCUUCACAUCUAAUUUGGCUCAGGGUGUGAAGCAGAGGGGGCUGGUUUUAAACCUUAUGGGAGACAUCAGGUGCAUUGAGCCUAGCCUAGCUUUCCUCACAGGGUUGUUGUGAGGGGGAGAAAUACUAUAAUGCACUCCAGGGGAAGGAGGGAAAGACCAGGUGAGUGAUGCGUCCGGAUGUAUGAGACGUAUCCCUUUCUGAUUUAAUGCUUUGAACCUGUUUCUCCUGCUCUUCCCUUGCCAGGCCAGCAGGUGGCGAUCAAGAAGAUCCCCAACGCUUUUGAUGUGGUAAUGAACGCCAAGCGCACUUUGCGCGAACUGAAGAUCCUCAAACAUUUCAAGCAUGACAAUAUCAUCGCCAUCAAGGACAUCCUUAAGCCCUCUGUGCCUUAUGCGGAAUUCAAAUCUGUGUAAGUGCUAUUAUUUCCCUGGAUAAAGGGGUGCGGCCCUUAAAAAUAAAUAAAUCUCAGUUUCCUCCCAGUAUCCUCAUUAAUAUAUCCAUUAACAUGGAAUAGGCUGAAAUGACAAAAUUAACUACCAAAUCAAGAGGGCAUAAUGAUGAAGUGUUUAAGGAAGAAUGGAGACCACUGAUCUAUCAAAUGAUCACCUGUAUAUGAAGUCGCUGGCAGGAUUCGAAAUAUAAGCAGUAGAUUUCAUGGUAGCGGGGUUUAGACAAUACAAAUAGAUGUGCUACAAAACAGCUAAGAAAAAGGAAUAAAAAACAAACAUCGGGAAAGAAGGGGCGGGAAGUCAAGAAGAAACUUUGUAUGUUUUUAAAAAAGUAUACGUUGAUAUAUUUAUGCUUUGAAAUAUUUUUGGAGACUUAAUAAAAAUGAUAUGAAAAGGAAUUCUGUAUAUAAUGGAAGAGGUAAAGGAUUUGGAUUAUCAUAAAAGAUGAGGGAUGAAAGGAUUAAUAAUAGGACCCACAAAGGGAAGGACAGAAGUCCAGGAGAUUCUUUGGAAUCUUGUUUUUAUGAUUGACGUUUGAUAUAUCUGUGUAAAAAUUUAAUUUGAAAAACCAAAUUUUAUAUUAAAAAAAUGAUGUGAGAGAGAGACAGAGUCUGGCCAAAAGGCCCCCCCAGUGAAUAUUGUGGUGGAACAGUAUUCAGGUUCUCUCCUUGACUGACCACGCCUGCUCUUCCCUUGGCCAGGUACGUUGUGCUGGACCUGAUGGAGAGCGACCUGCACCAGAUCAUCCACUCCUCUCAGCCCCUCACCUUGGAGCACGUGCGCUACUUCCUCUACCAGCUCCUCCGGGGCCUCAAGUACAUCCACUCGGCCAACGUCAUCCACCGGGACCUGAAGCCCAGCAACCUCCUGAUCAACGAGAACUGCGAGCUCAAGAUCGGCGACUUCGGCAUGGCCCGCGGCCUCUGCACCAAGCCCGACGAGUACAAGUACUUCAUGACCGAGUACGUGGCCACGCGCUGGUACCGGGCCCCGGAGCUGAUGCUCUCCCUCCACGAGUACACCGAAGCCAUCGACAUGUGGUCGGUCGGGUGCAUCUUCGCCGAGAUGCUGGGGCGGAAGCAGCUGUUCCCGGGGAAGAACUACAUCCACCAGCUGCAGCUGAUCAUCACGGUCCUGGGGACCCCUCCGGCCAAAGUGGUCCACUCCAUCGGGGCCGACCGCGUGCGCGCCUACGUCCAGAGCCUGCCGUCGCGCCAGCCGGUGCCUUGGGAGAGCCUCUACCAGAACGCCGACCGCAAGGCCUUGGCCUUGCUCUCCAAGAUGCUGCGCUUCGACCCCCGCGAGCGGAUCUCCGUGGUGGAGGCGCUCAACUACCCCUUCCUGGCCAAGUACCACGACCCGGACGACGAGCCCGACUGCGUCCCGGCUUUCGACUUCGACUUUGACAAGCGGGUGCUCACCAAGGAGCAGAUCAAGGAGGCCAUUGUGGCCGAGAUCAACGACUUCCACGAGCGCCGGGAGGGCAUUCGGCGGCAGAUCAGCUUCAAGCCGGCCCUGAAGCAGGCGGUCGUCGGCGGAGGCGGCCAGGCGUUGCUCCUCUGCUGCCGCGACGUCGACAUGCCCAGCGCCGGCUCGCCUCGGGCCGGAGACGGAGACUAUGCCAUGGCGUCUCCCGGGCCCUACUUGCUGACGGAGACGAUUGACCUCACCUCUCCGCCGGUGCCGUCGGCCGUUGUGCAGCCGGAGGUGAAGGCUGAAGAGGGCGCUCCGGCCGCUGUUCCCCCUAAGCGGGAAGGCGCUAUCUCGGAUGACACCAAGGCUGCCCUCCGUGCGGCCAUUUUGUCAUCGACUCUCCGGCACAAGGCCAGAGGUAAGGGUUUGGAGCAAAGGAAGCUGAUGUCUAUCGAGCCACGUCACUGGUCAAAUCUAGGUCAAGAUUAGCUCCGCUGAUUGGCAGCGGCUCUGCAGGGUUUCUGACAGGACAUUUGCAGCCCUGCCUGGAGAUGCUGGGAAUUGAACCUGCGACCCUCUGCAUGCAAGGCUUACCUUGGUGCUACGGCCAUUUCCCAAGGGUUCCAAGGAAGCAGUUUGGUGCAAGGUAGCAGUGAGAGGGAAUAAUAAUAAUAAUAAUUUAUUAUUUAUACCUGCCUGGUUUCUCCAGUCACUCUGGGCGGCUCCCAGCAGAUUAAAAACAGAAUAAAACAUCAAACAUUAAAAACUUCCCAAUACAGGGCUGCCUUCAGAUGUCUUCUAAAAGUCAGAUAGUUGUUUAUUUUCUUGACAUAUGAUGGGAGGGCAUUCCACAGGGCGGGUGUCACUACCAAGAAGGCCCUCUGCCCGGUUUCCUGUAACCUUGCUUCUUGCAGUGAGGGAAUCGCCAGAAGGCCCUUGGAGCUGGACCUCAGUGUCCCGGCUGAACGAUGGGGGUGGAGAUGCUCCUUCAGGUAUACUGGGCAGAGGCCGUUUAGGACUUUAAAGGUCAGCACCAACACUUUGAAUUGUGCUUGAAAACGUACUGGGAGCCUAUGUAGGUUUUUCAGGACCAGUGUUAUGUGGUCUUGGCAGCCACUCCCAGUCACCAGUCUAGCUGGUGUAGUUUCUGGGUCACCUACAAAGGUAGCCCUCAAUGGACUGGAGGAUUUUGCCACUCUAAUUGGGGCUGAUGGAACUUGUAGUCCAACAACACCCGGAAGACUACACAGUCCCCAUCCCUGAUCUCGUCUGUCAUCCACCCUGUUUCCACCAGGCCUAGCCAGAUGUUUCUGGGGAAACCCCAAGAUGAAAACCAGAUCUUCACAUUUGGGGGGAAAUGUUCCCCUAUGAGAGUGGAGUCUUCCCAAUUGUUCUGGGAGGCAGAGAAAGGGAGAGGCUGAUGGGCAGCAGGACCAUCUAAGCCACUUUCCCACUGCUUAAUACUCUCCAGAUGUUGUGGACUGCAGCUCCUGUCAUGAAGGGAAGGGUAGGCUAGGUGAUCUGUGGGAUAUUUCCAAAGAUGUGCCCUGUAUGAAGUGAUUCCUGCAGAGCUGGACUAUUGGUGGAAUUCACAAAUUUAGUGAUUUCCCACAAGCAUAAGCUUCCUAGCAUGGAAAGUUAACUCAGCUGGUUACAGUGUGGUGCUGAUAAUGCCAAGGUUGUGGGUUCGAUUCCCAUUCAGGCCACCUGCAUAUUCCUGCAUUGCAGGGGGUUGGACUAGAUUAUCCUUGGGGUUCCCUUACAAAUCUGGAAUUCUAUGAUACGCAGGUGAAACUGAAUCCCUGACCAUAGACGUAGCGGCUGCAUAAUGCAGGGCAACAGUAAAGGCUGGGUGUUUAUCCACUUCCCCACAAUCUCUCCCUUUCUUCCACAGAUACACCCUCUACUGUGCCCGAGACGCCUGAUAUCCGCAGACCGGUCACGGCAAAGGAGCGCCAGCGCGAGCGCGAGGAGAAGCGUAAGCGGCGCCAGGAGCGAGCCAAGGAGCGUGAGAAGCAGAAGAAGGAGAAGGAGCGGGAGCGGAAGGGAAUGUUGACCGAGAACGACCGGAACCUUCUGGAAAGGUGGACCAAGAUGGUGGACCGUAACCAGAACAAGCCGCUCCAGAACGGGUCCGCCCUCCCGCUUCAGGCGAAUGCGGCCGCCCACAUCCUGCCUCAGGCCCCUCCUGCCAACCCCUUGCCGCCUCAGCCGCCCCCUGCCAGCCACGUCCCCACGACCCCUUCCGGCGGCGCGCCUGCCGACUUCCUCGCCUUCCCGGACAAGAGGGUGCCUGGCUUGUGUGGGCCCAAGCUGACUCUCGUGCCUGUGGGGGCGGAGCUGGCCCCCGUCCAGGGCUCUGCCGCCAACGUGGUCCACUUCUUCCCAGCGCAGCCGGCCCCCUUCUUGGUCACUGCCCCGGCGUGUCCAAAAGCCGCCCCCCCAAAACCGGAGUGCCUCCUAGGCGUCAAAUACACCUCUGGGCAGAUCUUCCAGGGCCCUUAUGGCGUGGCGGCCCUCAACGCCUGGAGCGGCGUCUCCCAGGCACCUGAAAACUGGGCCGUGGCCAGGCAGCUGUCGGUGACUCAGCCGGAGGUGGCGCCCCCUAGCGGUACUCUUCCAGAACAAGCUGUGAGCUACGGACCCAGGGCUGGCGCGGAGCAGCCCCUGUUUCUGGCAGAGGUGGGCAGCAAGCCUGAGCUGCCGCCACAGGGUUUGGUUGGGGACGAAGCCGGGGGACCCGCCCAGCCCCACAUAGCCCCGGGACUGCCGUCAGAGCCUCCGGAUAUCAACGUGGUGACACAGCAGUUGUCUAAAUCCCAGGUGAUGCCUUUUUCUGUAUGCUGAAGGGGAAGCGCUUGCUAGUUGCUCUCUAGAGAAAUGGGGGGGCAUCCUUUUCGCUUUUGGUGCUUGGGGAAGCUGGGGGUCACUUGCCAAGGAGGUCAUGGCCACCUGACUUUUUUCCAGGCAGCCCCUCAAGAGCUCAUUUGAUCCAUGCCGGUCGCCCUCACUGCUGCACUAACUAAAUUCUCUCUCUUUUGUUUAUUAAGUUAUUAAUUAUUAAAUUUUCUGUGUUACAAUUUAGAACAUUUAUUUAAACAACCUUAAAAUACCAAUGACUUCCCUUCUUCUCUUUCCAUGGUUCAUUUUGCAUAGCACAAAUCCCUGCAUAUUUUAUAUAAACUAAACCGUUCAGAAUUCCAUUAUUGCUUCCAUCAAAACUUACUAACACUGUUGAAUUUAUCUUAAUGCUGCCAACGUUUUGCACUAACUAAAUUCUCUGUGGCCUAGAUCCAUAGAACAAUGGUGUUGACUAAAUUAAUAGUGUUUAGUAUUAAUAGUAUUUCAUCGCCUCAGCCAACUUUCCCUGUUUGAUUUCAAUGGAUCUUAAGCACAACUAAAUUAUCUCGAUUUGGACCCUGGUUUGUAUGGUUGUUUUUAUGCAUUCUGUGUUUUUUAUACUGUAGUUUUAUGUUGCAAACUGCCCUGAGAUUUAUAGAUGUAGGGCCGUAUACAAAUGUGAUAAAAAAUAAUAAUAAUUGUCAGCUCUGUGUAGCCUGGCAGAGGGGACUGUGGAUGGUAUUCAGCUAAAGUUUACUCAGAGCAGACCCAUUUGAAAUUAGUGGACUUAACUUAGUCAUGCUAGUCUUUAAUUUCAGUGGGUGUACUCUGCGUAAAACUUAAAAUUGACUACUACUGUGUAUGUUGUCCACUGAUCUCUGCUGGUUCCUGAUGAUGAUCUGCGAUAAGCUGAUCUCUGCACAAGGAAUGAAUCCACUGUUUUCUUGAUUCCAGGUGGAAGACCUCUUGCCCCCUGUUUUCUCUGGCACCCCAAAAGGCAGUGGAGCUGGCUAUGGGGUUGGAUUUGACCUGGAAGAAUUUCUGAACCAAUCUUUCGACAUGGUUGGGGAGAACAGAGAGAGGUAAGAGUUGCUUGCCUGGGCUUGUAAGUGGAACAGAGUUAUGUGCCAUUUGCUCACAGAUGUUCACUAGCGUGCCCACGACCUAUUCCCUCAAAAUCGUGGAGCUGUGCGGGUGUGGCCACAGAUUGGUCGGCUACCAUUGGCUUACCUGCUCUGAGUCACUGAAGGCCAGGCAGCUGAGAGCUAAAGCGAAGGGACCUUUAGCUUUGGAAUUCUAAGAUCAGUGGAUAACUCUGUGGUUUAAAUUAAAGCUUAGAAGUCUUGUCACUUGUGAGCUCUGGAAUGACACAUUAUUAGUCACUUCAGACUUCUUUCCUAGCUAUAGACAGACAGUGCUUAUUGCUUACACAUUCCAGUACUCCGGACUUCCUCUGCAGAUAGAAAUGUCUGCUCUCGGCAUCCCCUUCUCUGACGAAAAUCAGUGCAACUUGCCUCAUUUGGAUUCGUAGGAUAGUAAUCUGAAAUAUAUGGAUUUCGCCCAGUAUCCUGCCCCUGUGUUCUUUCCUUACCAGCAGUUAACAAAGUGUGACUUCUCUAGAGGAAGAAAAGAAUUGCGUUUGCUCUAUAGAGCCUUCUUGUUGAUGGGAUUCUCUCCUGCAAAAGCUAGUACAGGCCCUGGGAUCUGCCCUGUAUCUUCAGCUGUGAAGACAGAUUCGUUCUGCUUCUCUGCUGUCUCCUCCUCCCCUCUCAGCCCCAGCCAGUAUGGCCCAGCGAUCAGGGAUGAUGGGAGCUUUAGUCAAAUGACACCUGCAGGACUGCAAAUUCCCCUUCCCUCCCAUAGAGGGUGCUCCAACGCAUAUAGAAAUUCCAAACUUUUAAAGAGGCAAUCAAAGGAAAAGGGAUGGUGCCCUGACUGUUCAGGUGCUCUAAAUUGGUGGGCCCCCAAGCCUUUUACUCCAUGGACCACUUGAAAAUUGCUGAGGGUCUUGGUGGACCUCUUAACAAUUUUCUUGCCGGUUGUAGCAAUUGAAAUGCACCACGCUAGUUAGUGUAUGAUUUUUUUAAAUUGUAUAUUUACAUGCAGAUCAAAGUUUGGGAAACCCUGAUCUUAAUUUAGCCUCUGGAUGCUUUUGGACUACAGAUCCCAUCGUCCUUUACCAGUGGUCAGGGGCGAUGGGAGUUGUAGUCCAGCAACUUUUUUUUUGCAGCCGCAAGGUUGAAGAACAUUGUCCUAGAGCAGGAUCUCCCAGACAUGGGUCUCCAGCUGUUUUUGGACUCCCUGACCACUGGUCUUUCCAGUUAUGGAUGGAGACCCAGGUUUGAGAAACCCUGUCCUACAGCAUCUCCCAAGUGCCAAAAAGGGCUGUGCUCCAGGCACCCCAAAGAGGACACUACACUGCACAGGGCUACACAGUUUGGAUCCCCUCCUUCCUGCAUGAAGAGCCAGACUUUUUCUUUCACCCACGGCAUUAUGCAAAACGGUACACUUUGGGUCAGCUGCCUUGUCUUGUCCUUCGCCCAUUGCCUUGUCUUUCACCUGUUCCCCUCUUUCCUCCUCCUGCCUUAGUCAAGGGGACUCUGCCCCGCUCUCGGCCUCCCUCCUCGCCGACUGGCUGGAAGUCCAUCGCAUGAACCCCGCCGACAUGGAAUCCCUCCAGCAGGAACUGCAGCUGGGCUCUCCCAUGAUCCUCUCUGACAUUCCAGACCUGCAGGAUGCGUGAAAAAGUUGCCUCUUCCUUCCGCUGUCUUCCUCCUGUUUCGUUUCGGUGCGAUAAAGUCUGAGCCCCGCUUGGGUCUUCUUCACGGCCUUCUUGGCGACUCUGGCUGGGAACAUCACCGCAGUGCCUGCCUUUUUCCUUCUUUCCUUCCUUCCUUUUUUUUUCAAAGCACCAGCUGGGUUGAGCUGGUGUUUGGACUUUCUACAAAAAAGGUCUGAGGGUGGGCCAGGCAACCCCCCUGUCCCUUCUGUCCUGUGGGUGUGUUGCAGGACGCAGGAAUGAAAGCCGUUCAGGUAACAACCUCAGCCGACAACACUAAAAGGUGGAUCCAUUACCUGUUGUCUUACCUGUUGUCCAUUACCUGCUGAGGGAACGCCUUCCUGACCCCUCACUGUGUUUUCUUUUUGCCUCAUGGCCUGAGAACCAGACACCUUUCUCCUCACACUGUUUGAGGGGCGAGCAUCCGUGUCAACGCAUUUUCUUUUUUCCAAGUUUACUGACGCCGGGAGAGAAACACGAGUGCCAAAUGCGCAGCCAUAGCACGCUUUGCCUUUUAUAAAAAGUGUGUUGAAAGCGCUGGAUUGUAUGAGAGGAUUGCCCUGUUGCGGGGAAAAGUGGGUGGGGAUAAGGAGGUAAGAUGGGCCCUAUUGGAUCAGCCCAGCAUCCUGUUCUCACAGCAGCCAAUCAGACGCCUACAGGAAGCCCUCAAUAAUAAUUAUAAUAAUAAUUUAUUAUUUGUACCCCGCCCAUCUGCCUGGGUUUCCCCAGCCGCUCUGGGCGGCUUCCAUAGAAACCAAAAAUACACUAAAAUAUCACAGAUUAAGAACGACACAAGCGCAACAGCGAUUCUCAGCAUUCGAGGGCAUGUUGCCCCUCGCAGCAGAGGAAUAAGCUAGCUAGCCCAUGUGGUUGGCAGUCACUGACAGCCUUACCUUCCACAAAUUAUUGCCUCAUCCUCUUUGAAAGCCAUCUAAGUUGGUGGCAGCCACCUUACAGAAGGAGCUGCCUUAAUAUUGAAGUAGACCAAGGGGGCUUGUCUAGCUUGGCGCUGGGCAUUCUGACCUCGGGGUGCAUCUCCCAAGAUCUUGGUGGGGAGUCUUCUGCAGGGUUCCUUUUAACUGGAAAUGGCAGGGAUUGAACCCUGAACUGCCCUCAGCAGACAUGCAGAAAUUAUGGGCCCUUCCGGUGUUGCUGGACUACAACUCCCAUCGUCUCUGGCCUUUGGCUGACGGGGAGUUGCAAUUCCCUGCCAUUCCUCCGCAUUGGGACCUCUUUCCUGGCUCUGUCUAUAACGCCUGCCUUCCUGCAGGCGUGACCCAUCAGGUGAAGGUGUGUCUUGGGAGCCAAUGUGGUGUAGCGGUUAAGAGAGGUAGACUCGUAAUCUGGUGAACCGGGUUCGCUUCCCCGCUCCUCCACAUGCAGCUGCUGGGUGACCUUGGGCUAGUCACACUUCUCUGAAGUCUCUCAGCCUCACUCACCUCACAGAGUUUGUUGUGGGGGAGGAAGGGAAAAGGAGAUUGUUAGCUGCUUUGAGACUCCUUCGGGUAGUGAUAAAGCGGGAUAUCAAAUCCAAACUCCUCUUCUUCUGCGGCUGCCACGUGGAAGAUGGCUCAGGACACCCCCCCCCACGGUGCCCGCAUCUCCACGCAGCAGCUGUAGAUCCCCUUCUGGAGGGGUGAGUUGGAAGCCUUGGGAGUUGCCUUGCCUUGUAUUGAGCAUCGGUCCCUUUAGCCCAGUAUUGUCCACACUGACUGGCAGCGGCUGUCCAGGGUUUCAAGUGGAGUGGUGGUCCCCAGCUGGAUUUGAAAUCAGAUCUGAACCUGGGACCUUCUGCAUGCACAACUGAGCUAAUGGGAGUUCCUGCACCCUCUGCUAACUUGCCUGGCCGGCUGCUCUUGACCUGUGUGUGAGUCUCAUAUGAAGAUGGUUUCAGGUGGCUUCCAUUUGGCUGCAACAGGCAGGCCUAGUCACCAAGAAGGCCUCUGAAGCUGCCAUCUUGCCAGCCCACCAGCCGUUUCUUCCCAUGAGACCUUGGCGCCAAAUUCAUUACAGAGGAGCCAGACUUUCCCCUUCCUCAGGAGCUGCUCUGUCAUGUUGAGAGUCUUCAGUCCAGGAGGAUGCAGUGUGGCCGAGGGUGGUGAUGGUCCUGUUUUCGUCAAGACGAGGGUGCCCCAGAUUUCCAGGAGUGCCUUAGCCAGCCGUCUUCCCUUGUGUGCAGCAGGCCUUGAGGCCUCGUUUAUGUAAGCUGAGCUCUAGAAGACGUUACUUGUUUUCAACAUGCCUGUCUAGAUGAGAAUUCUACAUUUGGGGUGGUGGUUGCAGAGAUCUCUCUUCUGCCCCCCACCCAAUGUAACCAUGAACAUUGCAUAGCAAAGGUGACCUUCCCGCUUGGUUCAUUGUGGCCCACUAGGAAAACUCUGCAGCCCAGGACUUCAUUGGAACAUUAAACUGGGGCCUUGUUUACUUGAACUGAGAUUAUUUUGGGUUCAGCUAUUCCUGCGGCAUCAAGAGUAACCAAUGAUGUCCUUUCUCUCUCUCUCUCUCUCUCUCUCUCUCUCUCUUUCUCUCUUUCUCUUUCUUUCUCCCUCCUCCUCUGUCAAGGGUAACCUCGCCCCCAGUUGCAUUUUCCUACACGGGGGAGGGUUGGGAUUUUGGCCAGAUCGCAGGGUUGAUUUUCGGAUGCUUUCUGUGCUAGGUUAGCUGGGUGGAGAUAGAAAACGCACCUCUGAAGAUUCAGAGGUCAGAGUUGAAAUGGAUUCUUGUGUGUGUCUGUUGUGUGUACAUUGUCUUGAGUGCUGCUGGCUGUGUGUGGUGGAUUUUCUCCAAAGCGAUGGUGCCAUCUCGUGAUGAUUUUUGUCAUUAAACUUUCUAUUAAAAUUGUGAUUUAUAAAAA